UUUGUGGAGGUGGCAUAAUACAUUUAAGGUAGAAUUUAAUAAAGCUACUUCAAAGGAAAGACUUGCCAUUUAAGACACUCCACCAAACUCUGGCUGCCAUUCAAAACUGUAAGCGGCAUGUCGUCAGGCUAGCAGGCUAUCAAGCUAUUACGAGUUCUUCAAUUUUCAGGUGGGCCAGUGGGACGUUUAAGAACGGAUCUUUGAAGAACGCAAUGGAUAAUAGUGAAAAACCCCUGUUCACCUUUGGGGUAAUUGCCGACAUACAAUAUGCCGACAUAGACGACGGCUACAAUUUCAAACGAACUAGGAAACGAUAUUACAGAAACAGCCUACAACUCUUGCAUAAAGCAACUAAGGAAUGGAGUGCGGAGAGAUUCAAGCCUAACUUCAUUCUACAGCUUGGAGACAUAAUUGACGGGUUUAAUAAAAAGUACGAAGCUUCCGAACGAGCUCUGGAAACCGUUAUCAAAGAAUUCAACGACUAUCCGGCCGUGGUUCAUCACGUGUGGGGUAACCAUGAGUUUUAUAAUUUUAGCAGAACGACACUGCUUUCUUCUGUGCUUAACAGCACAGCCAACACUGACGCAGCCAACAUCAUCAAUACGGACCAGAUUUACGCAUACCAUUUCAGCCCCUCCCCUAAGUUCCGAUUUAUCACACUAGAUGCCUACGACGUGAGUCUAAUUGGAAGAGAGGAAUCAAAUUCGAAGUAUAAUCAAGCAAUGAAACUCCUCCGGGAACACAACAGCAAUGAUGACCUUAACCACCCCCCAGCACCUGCUGGUAUGGAACAGAGGUUUGUAAAAUUCAAUGGAGGAUUCAGUCAGAGCCAACUGGACUGGCUGGAGAAAGUGUUAUGUCUGGCUGAUGAGAGACAGGAAAAAGUGAUAAUCAUCAGUCACCUGCCUGUGCAUCCAGAGUCUACUGAUCCCAUAUGUCUUGCCUGGAACUAUGAUGAAGUGCUUUCCAUUCUACAUUCACACAAGUGUGUGGUAUGUUUCAUGGCUGGACAUGACCAUGAUGGUGGCUAUCAUAGGGAUGCCUCUGGUGUACACCACCUCACACUGGAGGGAGUUAUUGAGACCCCUCCUGACAGUGAUGCCUUUGGUACUGUGUAUGUCUAUGAGGACAGGAUGGUCUUGAAGGGAAAUGGAAGGACACAUAAUAGAACACUUAUGUAUCCAUGAGUACAUUUGUCAUAAAA